AUGGCUGUCGAAGGUAAACAUCAACAUGUGCCUGGGCCACUCAAACAGAAAAAUAAAACACACAAAAGUGGAAAUCAUCGCACUAAAAGAGAGAUCGAGAAAUCGAAUAAAGGAAGAGUAAAUAUAAAAUGUCUGAGCAAGAAAAACAGUUUGUUUAUGAAAAGGGCAGAGAGAAGAAAUCAGUCAGUUAUUUUAAGAAAACAGAAAAGAGAUGAAGCGUUUGAGAAGAAAAGACAAAGAGGAACAUCUGGUACACCUCCUACAUUUGUUGUUAUUGUAUCUCUACAUAGUGAUAUCAACUCAGUAGCGUGUUUAGAACUUUUGAAAACCUGUGAUGAAGAUAUUAUUAUACAGAGCAAUGAACAGCAGAUUACACAUUUUACGAUACCAAGAUUCAAGAAGCGAGCAUCAUUUUUUAUCCCAGAAUAUGGUAACCUGACUAAUUUACUGGAUGCUGUUAAAGUAGCAGAUUCUUUACUAUUAUUAGUAUCACCUCAACAUGGUAUAGAUCAAUAUGGUGAAUUCUCUUUAAGCUGUUUAUUUGGUCAAGGUCUUCCUGCUUCUCUUUUUUUGUUUCAGGGAUUUAAAAAACUACCAAUAAAGAAACAAUCUGAAUCAAGGAAGAUAAUUCAAAAUUCUAUUGAAAAAAGGUUUCCAUUGGAGAAAUUUCACGCGCUAGACUCUUCCCAAGAUGCCUUGUUAAUAGUACGACAAGUGACAGAUCAGAAGUUAAAACCAGUAUAUUAUCGUGAACAUAGACCACAUCUUAUAGCUGAGGAAAUCUCUUUUGAAUUGGAAUCCAGUGAGAGUGAGUUUGGAGUAUUGAAGGUGACUGGAUAUUUACGUGGUAGAUGUUUAAAUGUUAAUGGACUUGUCCAUCUACCAGGAUGGGGUGAUUUCCAGAUGAACCAAAUAGAUUCUCCCAAUGACCCGUACCCUUUACAGCCUCGAAAACAUAAAGAGAAACCCAGUGGGGAUGUAGAAAUGAACAGUGAAGAAGUAAAAGUUUUAGAUAAAGUCGACCCAAAAUUACAAGAAAAUUUAGAAACAGAAGUUGUACCAGAUCCAAUGGAGGGAGAACAAACAUGGCCGACUGAGGAAGAGUUGGCAGAAGGUAAAUCUGUUAGUUCAUCUAAGAAGAAAAUAGUUAAACGUGUACCUAAAGGAACAUCAGAAUAUCAGGCCAUGUGGAUUGUAGAUGAUGAACAGGAUAUAGAUGGAAACCCAGGUGAUGAUGAUGAUGAUGAUGACAGUGAUGUUGAUGAAUUUAAAGACGCCAUGGAAACAAUGGAGUCAGAUGAAGAAGGUGAAGAAGAUGAUUAUGAAACGAUGACUAUGACAGAAAACAAUGAUGAUGAGAAGUAUGAUGCUAAUAUGGACUUAGAUGAAGAAAGAUCUAUGUUAGAGAAAAUUAAAGAAGAAAGACAACAUGCUAUGUUUCCUGAUGAAGUUGAUACACCAAUGGAUACCCCUGCUAGAACUAGAUUUGCAAGAUAUAGAGGAUUAAAAAGUUUCAGAACGUCGCCAUGGGAUCCAAAAGAAAAUCUUCCCUCGGAUUAUGCCAGAAUAUUUCAGUUUGAUAAAUUUAAAAUGACGAGAAAAAAAGUUUUAAAUCAACAGAAUGAUGAUGGAGUUCUGCCUGGUUGGUAUAUAACAUUACAUGUUGAUAAAGUACCAAAAGAAUUUAUAGAAACAUACAAGCCUGGGACACCUGUUGUAUUAUUUGGUUUGUUACAACACGAACAGAAGAUGUCUGUAUUACAUUUUAAUAUCAGAAAAUACCAGUCUGCCACUCAACCAAUCAAAUCAAAGGAUAGAUUAAUAUUUCACGUAGGAUUUCGACGAUUCUCAGCUUGUCCUAUUUUCUCUCAACAUACUACUGGUAAUAAACAUAAGUUUGAGAGAUUUUUGAUGCCUGAUUCAGCAUGUGUAGCUACAGUGUAUGCGCCUAUUACCUAUCCUCCAGUUUCUGUUCUGGUCUUUCAAGAAUCUCUGGACGGUCUUCAUGAGUUAGUAGCUACAGGUUCUCUAUUGUCAGUGAAUCCAGAUAGAAUUGUAGCUAAACGUAUUAUACUUAGUGGUCACCCGAAAAAAAUCAACAAACGCUCUUCUGUUAUUAGAUAUAUGUUUUACAAUAGAGAUGAUAUUUAUUGGUUUAAACCUGUAGAAUUAAGAACUAAAUGGGGAAGAAGAGGACACGUUAAGGAAGCUUUAGGUACCCAUGGUCAUAUGAAAUGUGUAUUUGAUGGCCAGUUAAAAUCACAAGAUACAGUAUUGAUGCAUCUGUAUAAGAGAAUGUUUCCUAAGUGGACCUAUAAUGCCCAUGUUAAAGCUCCACCUGUGAUCAAUGUUUAUAAAACACCAAUGGAAGAUGAUGAAGUUGAUAAAGAAGCUUAUAAAAUAUUUGAUUAA